AUGACAUUAGGCCUUAUUUAUAUACUCUGCAGAAGAAGUCAGACUUAUAACCCAAACAUUCAGUGCCAGACUGUAGUUGAGGUCGUUGAAUGUGCUUUCCCAACGACAGUGUCUUCCAGCAGCCCGCAAUGCAAAACAAAUGAAGAUAGUAUAGACGAGUCUUGUCCCAAUACUAACCCUCUACCAACCCCAGAUGAGCAAGAAGAAGAAGGUCUUUGUAGCGAAGAGAUCCAUUCUAACGUGAGUAAUGAUAGCAAAACUAGAAUAUUGCCACCAAAAUUCAGUCUUCUCAGCUACCGCUGUUUAGGCUGCAGUAAAGCUCUAUCUAAUAAGAUUACUACUAAAUCAGAUCCCAGUUCUGCCAUGACCGAGAUCGCUAAAAACCUCAAGACACUUUGGGAUGCUCCGCAGCAAACUGCAAUGAAGAAUCAGGACUUCUAUGAACAAGCAGAAAGCCUCAUCGGCACAUACGUAGAGACAACGCCCAUUCUUGAGCAAUCUAUUUUUGAAAAUAUUGAGCUGAAAGAUAACACCGGGGUGUCACCCAAUACUAACUCAACUCACAAUACUAACCUAAAUGGAAGUAAGCUGCACCAGCGCAUCGAAUGUCUCUGGAACGCUGACCCGUGUGAGUUGGAAGAUGGCUGGGGUUCUCUUUCACGCACUUCUGAGCAGAAGCAAGACCCUCCAUUGUCGCGAGACGAACUGCUAGUUUUGGAGGCCGUCACUCUAUGUCGACUAGCUAAUGAGUAUGGCAAAAGUAUUAAGGACGAAAUGUCUUUCUUAGAUCAAACGCUUCAAUGCAUUAUUACCGAAUCUCCAUCCACAUAUUCUCCUGACAAAACAAUUCUGCCCCUAUCUCAAUUCCUAAACAAACAUCUUAGCAUUUUCGAGACGCAAUCAGCCAGCAUCUUUUUGACGUACAAGGUCCUGAUUCAAAAGCUGCUUGAGGCUAGCCAAGGAACCAGAAUACUAUCGGAUCGGUUUUCUUUCAACCCAGACCCGAACGCGUCUCAACCCCACCCAAUUGAUCCGACUCCAAUCCGGUUUACGGCCACGCCAAUACAACAGCCAUAUGAUAAACCGUGUGAUGCGUGCUUUAACAACCCGGGUUUUACAUAUCCAGUCCACAAAGACCCGAAAACGUUUAUCGAGGACUUUCUGAUGAGGCUGGGCGCAAGUACCAUAAGGAACACGCCAACCCCGGACAAUUCUAUUGUUUUGAGCGGCGCGGAUGCGCUGGGCCACCAACUGACUUGUGCGAUUAAAUGGCCCGCAACAGCCAUACCAUCAACGCCAGAAGAAUGGGCUGUUAUCCUAGCCGCGCUCUGCUGCGUUCAGAUAAAAACAACAACCCUAACGGCCACCCCUAUUAAUGCACCCGCUAAAAGCUUAUCUGACCAAUUUAAGAUUCGCAAAAACAGUGUGAUUGCCAAAGCUCUAGAUAAGCUGGGGGUUAACCUUUUAUUUCUGUCCAACUCAGAUAUUACUCUUCAUUUGAUCCACAACUUUGCUAGGUUGUUUUAUCUAAAGAUUGAGCAGGCCAUGGUAGAGGGUGUGUUAUUAAAGGACACCGCCGCAUCUUUAAAGAAUAUAGUGGCCAAGGGUAUUAUGCAAACGGUGGAGAACAGCAUACAGUUGAAGCGUCUGCGCAACAACAGAGCCCUAUCCCGUGUCUACGGGCUUUUUUAUACCAACAAUGGUGUUUGUACUAACCGGUCAAUGGAUUAUUUAUGCUCUUUGAAACAACACGAGAUCGAGAGGGUGGUGAAGCGGGCUUAUCAGACAAAAGAUGUCUUUCUUUCGCUUACCCAAGCCGAGCGCCCCACAGCCAAAGAUGAUGUACGUGCUCUGAAGCUCUUUUUGCUUUUUGAUUAUUACCCAGAUCUGGUGCAGAGUAUUCGAAAGUUGAAACAAACUAUGAGAAGUUCCAGCACAGAGAGCGGUUUAGAUGCACAAACAAAAGAAGGUUUCAGCAGCUCCUGUAUGCGUUCUUUGAGCUCGUCGAGUUUGAAUUCAAGUGUUUCGAGUCUCAACGGGCUUGGCAAUGCUCGGUCCCGCCCGCCCGUCACUUAUUAUGGCCCCCUUCAUCGCUCCCAAUCCCUGAAGCAAUCUCUGAAGCAAACCCAGGAGCAAGCCAUGCAUCUAUACAAAAUAGAGAUCUCAGACCUGACUAGGAUAAUUAGGAGAUAUCUUGAUGAUAACGCUCACUUCUUCAAUAUUAUGGUGUGGCAAGAGUUGAGUCUGUUCAUGGAUGAGCAGCCCUGCUUAGGUUGGUUGAUUGAUGGUCCGAAUGCUUACUCCAAGAUACUAGCAGCCCAAUCCGAUACCGAGGCAUGCGCUAUUAUGAAAUAA